CAGCGCCCUGGUUCGCGCAGUAAGUUCCCAGCCCGGCCCGGGUCGCGGGUCCAGCCGUGCAGCUCUGCAGCUUCGCCCGCCCGCCGCUCGCAGCCUCUCGGUGAGUUCGGGCCGGCUUCUGCAGGCCGCCCGCGGCCCAAAGAGACCCACCCGCUCGGGGCUCGGCUCCCGCCCGCGCUGGAUCAGGUCCCUUCCCGGGCUCCGCGGUGUUUCCCUCCGGCGCCGGGUCCCCGCACCCCUUUCCGUUCACCUCCCACGCCCCGCGGGGCGCUGCAUUCCGUGGGGAGCCCGCACCCCAGCCCUGGGACCUGGGCUCAUCCUCUCACCGCCCAGUGUCCCCGCCCGGGCCGCAGGCCGUAUUUUUAGACUAUGGUGAGGCGUUCUCCUAUCUUUAGCUAGGGCUGCAGUGUCCUGAAACGGAUCCGGGCUGCGCCCCGGCCAGGGACCGGGAGGGGUCGGCGCGGGAACGCGAGCCGGAGCUGAGGAGCGGGAGGGCGGGGGCCUGCACACCCGAUAUCUGGCCCUGAGCCCGAGCGGACACUCGGACAUCGCCCAGGCCGGGAAGCAAGGGGGAGGUCCCUCCCACAGCCUGCGGUUGAGCGCAAGGGACCGGAUCGCCUGAAUUUCCUCCCCAUGGUUCGAUUGUGCGACCCCUGGGAAAAAGAUCUACAUCUGGUACUCGAACCCGCAGCUGCGCGGUGGGCGCCUGGCUGGAGCCCGAGGUGUGCUGGAGACCCUGGUGCGCUGGGGCCCGGCGUGAUAUCGGGGCCGCGCGCCACCUUGUGACUGCAGAUCUUGGUGCCGCUCUGUAUUGGGACCCAGGGAGACCUGGCUGCGGCAGAACCAGACUCUGGGCCAGCCCCGUCCCCGCAGGUGCUCUGGAGAAGCAAGAUGUCCAUCCUCCAUGGCUCAACAGACUGACCUGAGAUGUCAGACCUUGGGGUGAGGUUUCCUGAGCAAGGACCUGUGCUGGGAUAAGUUCCUCAACCCUGGACCAAGGAGAGAAUCUUGGGACAAGACCAAAGCACAUUGCUGCUGGCAAGAACCCCACCUUUCUGCCUCCAGUUCUCCAGAAAGGAUUUUCAUCCAUUUAAGAAAAAAGUUUGGAGCGUAUUUAUUCUGACAGUCCAUCUACACUGGUCUUCAAUCUUUUUUUUUUUUUUUUUCUAAUUCUUUGGGCCAACUCUGAUCAUAUUCUUUGGCCUUUUGAAAGCCUCUGGAGCCAGUGUUUCAGCGUAAGGGUGUUGAGAGGAGGCUUUGUAAGCCGUAGACUGAGCAGUCAGAGCUGUGUGCUGAGGUCACCAUGUCCACCAAGGUCCCCAUCUAUCUGAAGCGUGGCAGCCGCAAAGGCAAGAAAGAAAAGCUUCGGGACCUGCUGUCUUCAGACAUGAUCAGCCCGCCACUUGGGGACUUCCGUCACACCAUUCAUAUUGGCAGUGGUGGUGGCGAUGACAUGUUUGGGGACAUCUCCUUCCUGCAGGGCAAGUUCCACCUCCUGCCUGGAACAGCAGUGGAGCCAGAGGAGGACAGCAGCUUCGACCUCCCCUUCCAGUUCACCCGUACUGCCACAGUGUGUGGGCGAGAGCUCCCCGAUGGGCUGUCACCUCUGCUCAAGAAUGCCAUCUCCCUUCCGGUCAUUGGUGGCCCCCAGGCCCUCACCCUGCCCACAGCCCAAGCCCCACCUAAGCCACCUCGCCUGCACCUGGAGUCACCCCAGCAUUCCCCGAAGCCCUCCCCACAGGAGGCAGGAAGUGUGGACAUCUGGAGGACUCCAGAGGCUAGCUCGCCCCACAAUGGGAUGACCCCAGAGUCAGAGGCCAAGGAGCCCUUCUUGUCCCACGCCAGCUCUCUGCUGUCCCUGCAUGUGGACCUGGGGCCUUCCAUCUUGGAUGACGUCUUACAGAUCAUGGAUCAGGACCUGGGCCGUGUGCAGAUCCCCACUUAAGACCCUUGGCUGGCUGAUCAGACAGGGCACCCAGGCUGGGAUGAUGCCUGGAUGUGGGCUAUGGACAUGGCCCUGGCCUAGCCAUCAGGACUCCAGGUCCCACCAGUGGGUGCUGGCCAGUGAUUGUCAUUUUGAGCCUUUGUUUCCCUUCCUACUUCUCCCAGUGGACAUAGAGUGCAUCCUGGCUGUCCUCAGGGGGCAUGUGUCAGUCCAAAGUGCCCUGAGCCUCAUGGGUUCUUUGGACCCCUAUCACCAGUUGCCCCCCUUCCCUCAGGCCCCUGGAAGGAAGGCUCUGCUGAAAUGGACUCCUCCCCCUUUCCAACUCCCCUGCCUCAGCCUCAUCCGAUGCCCUGACUUAGGAGCAAGGGAAGAGCCAGGCUGUUCCUGUUUGUCUUUGAGUCCAGGACUGGGAGCCUGGUAUUAGUGAUCAGAUGUGUCCUUUCUCUUGCCCUAUUCAUCCCCUUCCUCACAUGACCAGGGAAUUCUGGUUGCAAUAAAGCAUGCUGCUGCUGGUGGCUGAGCAGCCUGUACCCACCCCAUGUUUCCUGCUGACGGUGGGCCAGUCUCCAAGACCAGUAGGUUCUGUUGGGAGAAACUCCAUCCCAAAAGGCAUGCUGGAGGCCUGUCCCUCCCUCUGGGGGGUGUGCCUGAUUCUUCCUUCAUAGUGAGAAGGAAGCAGGAACAAUUAGUUACUUUUCUUCUUGCUGUGAGAAAACAGUACAGUCUAUCACUGGGAGAAAGUCACGGCCGAAGGAGCCCGAGGCUGCUGGUAGACUUGUAUCCACAGUCAAGAAGCAGAGAACAAUGAAUAUGGGUGCUCAGCUCACUUUCUACUUUUCAUUCAGUCCAGGACCCCAUGAGCUGGUGCCACCCACAAUUAGGGUAGAUCUCACCUCAAUGAACCCAACCUAGAAAUGCCCUCACAGACAUGUCCAGACAUUUGUUUCCAUGAUGAUUCUAAAUCUCAUCAAAGUGUGUUACCACCACAAACCAUUGCAAAUAUUGGCGACUAAUGUAGGUGUUUGGUAAGAAGGUGAUUGGGGUCUGGCCAGGGAGGUAGACCUGCCAGCCUUGUGCAAGGGGCUAACAGGUUCUCCAUCCUCACAGAGGAGGUGGGAAGGAGUGUGACAGUCUGACCAUCAGCAGCUGUUUAUUGAGCAUCUGUUGUCUGGUUGGCAUGACUCCAGAGGCUGGAAACUCAGGCAGAUACAGCCUUUACUCUCUUGAAGCUAACGUUCUUUUUUUUUAUUUUUUUGGUCUUUUUGAGACAGGGUCUCCCUGUAGCCCCAGCUGCCCUGGAACUCACUAUAUAGACCAGGCUGGCCUUGAACUCACAGAGAUCCGCCUGCCUCUGCCAUUAAAGACAUGCACCACCAUGCCCGGCUUGAAGCUAACAUUCUAAGUGGGACAAAGAUGUUAAAUAUGUGAACAAGUGAAAGACAUCUCUAGCACAUAAAAUGGUGAGGCUGGGAAUUCCUGGGGGCACACAGGGCACACUAGGGUGAUUGGAUGUAAUUCUGUGCCAGACCUGGGCCAAUAGGCUUAUGCUCAGGCAUAAGCAGACACCAAGGUACUAAAGUGUAUGACAGAGCAGUAGAAAGACCAUGGACCUCUGAGUUCCAUCUGGCCUGUGUGAGACUCUGUUUCCCCAUCUCUUGCCAGAGUCUAUGGAACCUAUAUUGCAAGGUACACGAAGAAACUAGGAAUAGCUGUGGCUAAUUUCUGCAUGGAAGAUAUUUAAUACGGUUAUGACGUGUAACAAAAGAACUCAGGACUCAGGAAAGGCAGUACUGUGAGGCUGGAGGACAGGUUGGCGUCAGCUGAAAACAAUCUUGCUGCCUGCAAGGCGGAAGCUGGGGCCAUGAGGAGCUGCUGAAGGAUUUGGGGCAGGACAGGCAUGCAGCCAGAUCUAGAUUUCAGAAAGGUCACUACCUAGUCAAAGCAGAGGAUAGAAUCAGCUACUUCUAGUCGGAGGAGGACUGGACCAAACAGGGUAGAGAGCAUGGGGCCAUGCUAAGAUGGGUCUGUUACAGAUGGGGCCCUGGAGGCCAGUUCAGCAGCAGUGACCUCACUGGGUCCCGCUCAGUUCAUAGCCUUUUGAUCUUCGAAUCCCAGACUCCCCUCCUCACCCUUUUUCUUUCUACUAGGAAGGGAUUUCAGACGGAAACAGAUUUUGAUAGGAUACAUUUUGUUGCAGGGACUUUUAUUUUCUUCCUGAUAAUGUGUUCUCUUCUAGUGGGUUAACAUAGAUAUAACGUGGGAGUAGAGAGGUGGCUUGGUGAUUAAGAACACUUGCUACUCUUCCAAAGGACCUAGGUUUGACUCCCAGCACCUACAUGGCAGGUCUGUCACCCUCUUCUGGCCUUCACAGGCACUACACACAGACCAGAAUACAUAACAGCAAUCAUAACACUGUACAAGUAAAAAUAAAUCAUAAAAAGAUAGACAUAAUAAA